GUCUGGUGAUGGAAGGGACUGGGAUAUGGGUCUGGCAGGGAAAGGGUUUGGGAUAAGGUCUGGUGAUGGAAGGGACUGGGAUAUGGAUCUGCUGCUCCCUGGGGCUGUAAGCAUCCCCCAUGGAGAAGGGCUGUGAGGCAGUGGGAUCUUUUAGAGGAAGAAGAGCUGUUCCUGGAGCCAGCUCUGGUUUCUGUCUGGGGAGCUGAGCUGUGGGGAGCUGCAGCGUGGUGGGAAGGUGGGCAGGGUGACCUGGUUUUUGGUUGCUGGAGUGGAAAGUCCGGUUUUCUGCCUGCAGUCCCUGCAGGAUCUGAUCUUUGUGCUUGGCUGCACAGAGGGGUUUGCUGGGCUGGGGCCAGCCCGGCCCUGCCCUGCUGCGUGCAGGGCGCUCUGGGGUGAGCUCCUCUCCUCCAGCCUCCUGCCAGGGUGGCUGGGGAUGCUCCUUGGUGUUCUCCCUGCCCCUGGGCCCCUCCCAGCCCUGCCUGGCUGUGUGUCCCAGCUCCCCGCAGUGUGGGCAGGCCCAGGUGCCCUCCUGAUGUGUCCCUGUCCCCGCAGGUGGCUGUUCCCCAUCAUUGGCCACAUGGGCAUCUGCACCUCGGCCGGCGUUAUCCGCGACUUCGCGGGGCCCUACUUCGUGUCCGAAGACAACAUGGCAUUUGGGAAACCUGUGAAGUACUGGAAGCUGGAUCCCAGCAAAGUCUGUGCCACAGGUCCCAACGCCUGGGACACGGCCGUGCACGACGCGUCCGAGGAGUACAAGCACCGCAUGCACAACCUUUGCUGUGACAACUGCCAUUCCCACGUGGCUCUGGCCUUAAACUUGAUGAGAUACGAUAACAGCACCUCCUGGAACAUGGUGAAACUGUGCUUCUUCACACUCCUCUAUGGGAAAUACGUCAGCAUAGGGGGGUUUGUGAAGACCUGGCUGCCCUUUGUGCUCUUCCUGGGGGUGAUUGUGACCGUGGUUCUCACCCUGCACCUGCGGUGAUGGCAGCCCUGAGCACUCAAAGGAAGGAACUGUGAUGAUCCAGCAGGAUGGAGGCCUGGGACUCCGGGAGCCUUUUCCAGGGAAGGUGGCAGCCCCACUCCAUCGUGACAGCUCAUCUUCGUCUCCUGGAGCUGGCUUCUUUUCCUCCUGUUUCUGUUCUGUCGAUGGUCUCUCCCAGUGUCAGGGGUCUGGAAGCUUCUGCCCUCUCCCUUUCUGCAGCUGGGGAGGUGGGAGUGGGAUCAGGAAAGGAGAGGGGUGGGCGCCUUUGCUCUCAGUGCCAAGAAAAGCCUCCAGGCAAACUCUGCCUCCUGCAGUGGCCCCAGCAGAUGCACCUUGGGAGGGUCUCUCUGAUCACCUGCUUUCCUCCUCUUCACCAGAUGCUUCCUCAGGUCCCCUGGCUCUCCAGCUGGGAGCUGCUGUUUUCCCUGUGCACAUGGCUCCAGUAGCACACACUCCAAAGGGAAAUGUGGGGGUCUUCCUGGGAGGGUGGGGUGCCCCAGCACUCGGCCGUGGCCCCAGCAGCGGCAGAGGCUGUUGAGCUGGGACAUCCUGAGGGACGCUCCGUGGCAGGGCUGGCUCCCCUGGUCCUGCUGGGGAGCCUGGAAAGGCAGGAAAGCUGCAGGGCUGCCUUGGGAGCGGCUCGUGGCAGGGUGCACCCUUCAGGAGCCUGCUGCAGCUUCGGGAGGCAGCCCUCGGUCCCUUUUAGCUUGUGCCAGAGAAAAUAUCACUUCCCUGCUUCUCCCUGCUGCUAAAUCUGGCGCUGCAGUCCCUUUGAUCCCCGUGCUCCCAGCAGGCAGCAGCUGGGACAGGGAGCCUGAGCCUGGGGCUGGAAAAGCUCUGUGGGGGCAGCAGCUGAGCCUGGAGCUGCAGAGGGGAGCUGCAGGGACUGGGCUGUGCAGCAGCAAACUGGGGCAGUGGAAUUCUCCUGGCUGGUCCCGGCUGGUGACUGGGGAAUGGUUUAGGGAGCUUUGGAGAGCACACCUGGGCACAGGUGCUGUGCAGGGAUUGGUGUGAGGGGCACAGCUCGGGCAGGAUGGGCCGUGGGGGAUCGUCCCUGAGUGCCAGCCAGGAAGGGAGUUUGGAUGUGACCUGGAAGCCCUUCUACAACCGGGUCUGCUCUGCAGGUGCUGAUUUUGGAGGGCUCUGAGCCAGGGGAAUUUGAAACCCCAGCCUGGUGAAGGGUCAUUUGCAGCUGAGCGGGUCCCUGCUGACUGCAGAGCGGGGAGAAGAGCAUUUCCACUCACACCUGGUGGGUUCCAAGGAAUCCAUUUCAGGGAGUGCUUGUGGCCAGCAGGAAAGCUUUUCUGGGGUCCCUGGCACAGCUGCAGCUUCCUCUGACUGCAGGGCCCACUCACUGUCAGCCCGCUGGUUUUCAGACCCCUCCCCACAUCCCUCUGCCCCUUCCCUGACUCCUCCAGCCAUGUGGGAGGCUUGGAGCCUCCCUUGAGCUUGUUUCUGUGUUUUCCCCUUUUCCUCAGUCACUUUUAAAUCACCCCUUACGCCUCCUGGUCACUGUUGUCCCUCUGUCACCCCAUGGUGGCCUUCCCCAUCAGCCUGGAGCUGAAGCAUCGCUCUGUGCAGUCCUUCCCUUCGUGCCUGGGGCUGCUGGGCCGCCGAAAUCCCCAUCAGAGAGAGCCUGGAUGAAAGGAUGGAGCGUUCGGAGCUCUGAGAGGGGAAUUCUUUCCCCGUGUGUUGGGUUCAGUGUGAUUCCCGGGGCUGGAUCCACCCUCAGCAAUAACCUCUAGCCCCUCCGCCCACCCCAGCCGUGUUUUAUCCACGAGCUCUGCAAGAAUUGCCAAAGCUGAGACUUGGGGGUGUUGGGGGGCCCCUGGACUUCCAAAACCCCACUGUGAAAUUCCCUCUCGUGUGCUCCUGAUGCUUUUCACCGGAGCGGAGUUUGCAAUGGCGAGGGCGAGCCCCCGUCCCUCAUCCUUUGUUCCCUUCAUCUCUGCGGGGCGCUGGAUUUCUUUGUAAAUAUUUAAACUCUGCUUCUGUGGUUUCAUAAUCCCGACGGCAGGGAAAUAAACUGAUUUCUGUGGGUA